AUGAGGAGCAGUUAUCAACCAGUGUCAACUACAAACUUUGAACAUGAAAAUGCUAUACCUACUGCGUCGUCGUCCCAUAAUCUGUUGAUGAGCCAGCGUUUUGAUGAUUCUCCUCCUAGUUCUAACGACAACAGUAUAGAAACUAAUAUAACGCCUCCACCUGAACCACCUUCUUAUGAAUUUGAUAUAGAGGACCCUCACGAUGAUCUUCACAAAAGAACACAUCUACAGAGGGUUUCAAUUGGGUUUCAGGAAAAAAUUUUGGAACCCUUAAUGGAAAACAUCAUUCAUCCACUCUUACAAAUAUCAAAAUUCGUUCCAGACAAAGCUGACUAUUACUUAAGUAAAAUCGGAAAUCCCUUUAUACUUCGAAGGUUCUUUUACAUCAUUUUCAUGUCAUUUAUUGCAUAUUAUGUCUUGUCAAGUGGCUACUUAUUCAACGAAAAGGCAUCAGGAUCUAAAGGGAUGUUUUCUCAACACGAUAUACUUUUUGAAUAUGCCAAAAAAUCCGUGGAUUUGGCAAAGUUUGAGAGAGAUUUGGAAUAUAUUAGUAGCAUGCCUCAUGGAUCCGGAACGAAGGGUGAUGCAGCUAUUUAUCGAUACAUUCAGGAAUCUUUUGACAACAAUGGGUUGAAAUUGGUUAAAGAAAUGGGAUACUCAGUUUAUUCUAAUUAUCCAGGCAAUGUAUCAAUUUCAUAUUAUGAUAACAAGAAUGAAAAGCAUGAUCUAGAACUUUCUAAAGAAAAUUUCAAUCCGUUGAGUUCUAACGGGAAAUUAUCCAAAGUGAGCUUGAUUUAUGGAGGCAAAGGUACAACAUACGAUUUACAACAUUUAAAAGAUUCGAAAACGAUAGAAGAUGGGAAGGACUAUGUGCUUUUACUGCAAUAUGAUAAAUUAGUGAGUCAGCAAGUACUAAUUGCUGAGAAAUUCGGAGCUAAAGCUGUAAUCUUCAUAUCUGAGCCAUAUGGUGAGAAUAUAGACGUUGUUCAAUCUAAGCCUGUAGGAUUGCCCCAAUAUUCGACUGGUGAUGCAUCAGGAUUGAAUUGGGAUGGUUCUCCUGUAGAAGAAAAGGAUCAUAAAUUUUGGCGUCAAACUCAUAUUCCAACUAUCCCAAUCUCCACGAGACAAGGAAAAGAGCUACUAUCGCGUUUAUCUUCAGGAGGAGUAACGGUUGAUGAUGGUAAUAGUGAUCGUAGUAACAGUGGGAAAAUGGGAGACGUAUUGAUCGAUGUAGAUCUGCAAACUAAUGUUAGGGAAAAGCAUUUUAUUCCUAAUAUUGUUGGUAAAAUUGAAGGGAGAGAACAAUCAGACAAAGCUAUAAUAAUUGCUGCAUCGAGAAAUUCCAUCAAUUUUGGAACUACUUAUCCCAAUUUUGGUACAGCUGCAUUAUUAUCUAUAGUUCAAUUAUUCCAAGAGGUGAAAUAUAAGUUUGGUUGGAAACCUUUGAGAAAUAUCUAUUUCAUCUCAUUCGGUGGUACCGAAUUUAAUUAUGCUGGAUCUUCGGAGCUGGUUGAGCAAAGGCUAACGCCAUUAAAAGACGAAAUUUAUUCUUUGAUUGAUAUUAGUCAACUGGGUAUACCCUUUGCCGAAAAAUAUGAGAACGGUAAAACUAGAGGAGAAUUAAGCAUUGAGACACAUCCCUUAUUGAAGAAGUUUUUCAAUAGAAACGCGCAUGGAAACUUUGAUAUAUCUGUGGAUAAUGUACAGCACUAUGGUGACUGGACUCCAUUUCUGGCAAAUGGAAUUCCUGUAUCUGUAAUAUCUUCUGAUUCUACGAGAAACCGUGACACCCCAACUGAAACAUCUGAGGAUAAAUUUGAACGUGUUGAGAAGAUUCUGGAAGACGAACAGAACCAACAAUCUGUCAAGGAUUUGCUAGUAUAUCUUUUACAUAUUAGUAUGGAAUUGAUUGAUGACCCGCUACUUCAUUUUGACAUAAUAAGCUAUGUUGAAGAUAUCGAUGAAAGAUUGCAAAGGUUAGAGCAAGCAUACCCUGAAAAACUAAACUUCACAUCAAUAAUCAAAGGUUUGUUAUUUUGGAAGAAAAUCGGUAGCGAAUGGGCGUCAUGGACUCAAGGUUGGGAGAACAUAGUAUGGUCGCAUGGGGAUGGUAUAGAGCCCUCCUUACUUUCAAUUAAUAGGUGGACAUGGAAUAAAAAAUUGACUAAUAUUGGUAGAAGAACAUGCUCUCCGGCGGGUCUACCUAAUAGAUCAUUUUAUAAGAACGUUUUGUUCGGACCAACAUUGAUACAGGAGGAUAAAUCUAAAAAUGGUGGAAAUGUAGAUUUCUGGACAUUUCCAGGAGUGAUGGAUGCGAUUUACGAUGAUGACUGGAAGAGGGCUCAAGAACAAAUUGACCUUAUUGGCAAAGUACUCCAUCAGUCUGCUGCAUUGUUUGUCGAAGAGACUAAUGACAUCGGGUAUAAAUAA